UCUUAGUUCUUUCUGUCACCACUCCCCACUGUGGAUAAUGUCUACAUUUUGAGCGGAGUCCUGUGAUUACCGUAUUUAGGCAGGCGUCUGAUCUCCACUACGCUGUGGUAGUUGCGUUGGCUUUCAAUCACCUGUCUUGGAGAGUGUCCUAGCGGUGGGUAGUGGAGCUUGUGGCUGUAGUUGUGCCGCAGAGCUUGUGGCUGCUUUUCAGCCAUUCAUCAUUGUUCUUUUUUUUUUUUUGGUGGCUGCCACCUGGUGAGCAAUGUGAACGACUAUCGAUUACUCUAUGGUGAAUAUGCCCGCGCAUGCUCCUGGCAGUUGCACUUCUUAAAGGAGGCUAUGGCCAUGCGGCCCCUUUUUGGGCUCCUGAUAGCAUUGGCUGCUUGACUCUUCUGACAAGCAUGCUGAGAUGGUUAACAGUUGAUCUUUGUCCGUUUUGUCCGUCUUCCGUAGUUCUAGAAACAAAUCUUCAUCAUGACACCGAUCAAUUGACUGCCCGUUGUAAUCCUUCUCUACCGCCUUCCAGCCAGCAUCUUCUUGUAGCUCGAUUGAUGUCUUCUCCGAAUGUAAUAUGUCUUGACAGGUGAUUCUGCGCCAUCGCAAAGGGAUUGGUGAAAGGGUGAUUUCGGGCGUUGACUGCUAUUGCUGUGAUGUCCGGAUUCUGCUCUCAUUUGGCUUCCUGGCUUCGCUUUUAAACAUGUCCUGCCUCCUCGAGGGUGAUUGUGUCUUCUUAGUGCAUAUAUAUCAUCAUGGUUCCCCAACUGUCAUCAACAGUCCUUUCAUAAGGCUGCACCUAGGUGACCGUAAGCCUGUUUGGCACUCCAAUUUCCAGUUUGACUAUGUGUACGUACUGUCUACUUCCCUUUUACCGCUACUAUAACGCAGUGCAGCAUGGGUGCUUGUGUAGCACAGCCCACACGAGCAGGAGAAUGCUUGUGUAGCACAGCCCACACGGGUCUAAUGCUUGGUAACCCCCUCUUUUUCUUCCUUUCACUGUUUCACGGCCGUACCGCUUUGCCUUCUCCCUUUUCACUGGCAUUUCCGAAUUUUUCCGAUGUCGAUUGAUUAGAUUCUUCCCAGAGUCCUGCCGACAUUAAACCGGUCAGGUUUGUUCUGCUGUUGCAUCUUGUAAUGGGUGAUCUCUGUCGACGUUAAAGAUGAAUGCGUCUCGGGCUUGGGCAUGUGUAUGUCUUCUAGCUCCUGGUCAAAUUCUCCAGGCAGUAUGUGUCGAUGCCGCUGCCUUUGCGCUGUUUUUUUUUCUUCUCUGUGUCCAUACAUGGUAUGAUCGAUCCUCUUGAUGUUUCUUUUCCAACGUUCCCUUCUGGCGUGUGUCUACACUGAAAAGGUUCCAUUUCUUCAAGGAUUGACUUUUGCUAUCCGAUCUAUACACACACGGUUGGAGACUACUGUCUGAGGGCAAAAAAUCUCACGACUUCUCUUACCGGUUUUGCCGUGGCCAGCAGUUAGGUCUUUAGACUACCGCAUUCUCUGCCUUGCUGUCUGUGAUAAUUCGUGUUUUUUCACGUUUUCCAUCGUCUUUUUUUUCGGUGUCGAUGGCAUUCUAUCGCGUAAAAUACACCUCGUUGAAAGCGACCAUGUAUUCUGCUGCGCUUUGUUUGGUUUAUCUCCGUGUCUCCGCAUUCUCUGCCUCGCUCUCCGUGAUAAUUCGUGUUUUUUUCACUUUUUUCAUCGCCUUUUUUCUGGUGUCGAUAGCAUUAUAUCGCGUGAAGUACAUCUUGUCGAAAGAGACCAUGUAUUCUGCUGUGCUUUGUUUGGUUUUAUCUCCGUCUCUCCUCCACCUUGUUCUGUUGGAUCGACUACGAUGUCCGCAUGUCCACUCUUUGUGGGACCUCAACCAUUGUAGAGUCGAUUCCACAAAAAAAACUGACAAUCCUGGGCGAGUGGGUGAAGGGCGAGGGUUGUCAAGGGGUUGGGCGGACGUGGAGAGGGAAAGGAAGGGGUGUCCAGAGGAAUGAUAGAGUUUAGAGUGUCUGCGUUUUUGGUCUUCUCUUUCCAUUUUCACGAGGCCAACACUUUCUUAAAAUGGAUCAUUCCGUCCCCCCCAUUUGGGAUUCUUUGUCUUGUUGGUUCUCACUGUGCUGUAGCAUAUGUUUGGGCAGGACAUGAUUUUCUUUUGGUUACAACGCGGCUGAAGCUAUUUGCGCUGCUUUCUGAUUGCUACAGUGUCAUUAGGUUGUUUGUGGAUCCUAGGAUGCUCAGGCUAGUCUGCGCCUUUGCAAUCGACCAUAUUCUUUCGGCACUCAUUGAGUGGGGUCGUUCUAGGCAUUUCUUUCUUGUCCCUUGAUCUCUUCUGUGCUCUGCCCAACACUGCCUACCUAUGUUUGGCCCCACUUCCCCCAUGUCAGAGGAACACAAACGCAUGCGCAUGUGCAUCGGAGCACAUGCAAGCGUGCCCAUCUGCAUGCGCAGACACCCAGGUCAAACGAACAGUGUGCACGUGAUCGUGCACCUCUUCACUGCAAUGUGCUUUCCUGUCAUAUGUAGAAUUCGCCAUCCUUUACAUUCCUAAAAUAGUGGGACUUUUGAAAGUAGAAAUUACAGCGUUAUACGUCACCUUCGUGCUUUAGUGAGGGCCCGGCGUGUUUGUAGCUCAUCCUCCUCACAAAUUCUUAGCUUCUCGACUUUCCGAUUUUCUUAUGAUCUCAUUGCUCAUAUAAGCAUUUGGACUUCUCCAAGUGCUGCAUAGCGUCCCUGCCGUAAGGUCAGCCUCAUUUUGGCUUGCGGGGAAAGUGCGGCGUGCAGUUCCAACGUGCUUGGGAAUGUCUUCACCGGUACGCCUUUUCGUUAUGGGAGAUGAUGGGCCCAUUGAAACAGAAGCGGUACGCAAGCAUAUGGGCUGUUUGAGCAAUGUGUAGUCCAGCCGUGGCAUGAUGGUGAGGGCUCCAAUGAUGCGUGUCCCAUCAGAUCAGCUAAGGUAGGUAGAAGUAUUGUACGAGAUAGGCCCAUUGAUUGUACUAUUCCCAUGAUGUUUUGACGCUUUUUUUUUUUUUUUUUUUUUUUUCCAGGUAGUUGCAGUGAGCUAGGGGCGGACCACAACUAGCAUUCUGAGGAAACUGCGCGAAAGUUCCACACACUCGUGAAACGACAGCUAGGUUUUUGUACACGAAUAAAGUCAGCAGUGUAUCUGUAGAGUCUUCCCGAUUUGGAAUAUACCUUGACGUCCGUUUCUUGGUCAAGAGCACAGGUUUGCGUGUCACUCUCUUGGUAAAUUGCCCACGAUGUGAAUCUUAGCGGUGACACUCGAAUACAAAUUAUUAUUCUGCGGUCUGUAAAGAUACAAGGUUGGGGUAGAGUGGAACGCGACCUGGGAAGGGAAGAGGGGUUAUUUAGGUUGGUGGUGGACAGAUGUGGGGGGCAGGGGAGGGGAGGGGGGAGGGGGGAGGGGGGAGGGGAGGCGGGGGAUGUAUAGAUCCUUCCUGGGGUAGGGUUAUCUAAGUGGUGGUGGAAUAUUCGGGAUCCGGUAGAGCGUGGUAAUAACCGUGGAAGUUCCGAGUCCGUGUUAUUCGGGAGAACUGAAUGCUGUUUCUGUUCUCCGUAUCCAUUUUGUUGAAAUGGAUUCAAGGACCUUGCCAGGGGGGAUGAACCUUUUGCAAGGUAUGCUGUGGAAGAUUGAUUGCACUGCUGGACUGGCUGUGCGCGUCUCAGAAGGUGUGUACGUGAUGGAUUUAUGGACGCCUCUCGGCAGUGAUGUUUUCUGGCACGCUCUCUUUUCUCGUCCGUGUAGCUUAAUCCGUUGUGUUUUCUUUUCUUCAGACAGAUCUUUUUCUUCUGUCCUCAGUGAUUGGCAGUGCAUGCAGCAACUUUUUAUAUGCUCAUGCCACAAAUGAAGAUGCCAUUGCACU